AUGGCGGUGGUCGCAACGGCGAGUGGCGAGGGCAGUGGCACUGGCGGUAGCGGUGGAUCUGGUUCUGGGUCCAACAGGGGGAAGCUAUACACCAAGGACGAGAGCGUUGCCGUGGCGAAGGCUUGGGAUGCAAUCACUUCGGACCCAGUGGUUGGCAACGAUCAGCACGAGGGGAGCUUUUGGAGGCGCGUAACUGAUGCAUACGAGGAGCUCAAACCCGAAGGCGCCGAGAGUCGCGACCCCGAACAGAUACGGAAAAAGUGGAGUAGGAUUCUCCGGGCUACCAAGCGGUUCGCGUCGAUAUACGAGAACAACCUUCGUCACGCUGAGAGUGGCCGCAGCGCAGCUGAUGUUAAGGUCCUGUCUGAGGGCCAAUUCCACACGGAGGGCUGGCCGAAGUUCCAGUCGUGGGAGGAGUAUCUUGUUCUCGCGGAUUGCCCGAAAUUCCGGUCGAUCGUGGCGCUCGAGACAGGAGGAGCGCCUGGGCCAAAGCGCACAAGGGGAAACUGA